AUACUAUAUAUAAGAUUCCUAUAUCAUGCUUGAUAGAAUGCACGUAUUUCUUUUUCAAACAAGGUCUCUCCUGCUUUAAGCUUUAGCUAUUCUAGUUAUUUCUGCCGAGUUUGGUUAGGGUAGUGGGAGAAGCCUUUUCCAGUUCAUGACUCCUUCCCUUAAAACAGGGGUGAAUUUAGAGUCCAACUGAGACUGACAUUUCGAAGAGCGAGUGAGCUAUAGGGAGGUAAUUGGUUACAGAGUAAUGGAGAAGUUAUCACCAGGGGGGCUCAGCCACCUUUACAUGACGAUCUUUCUGCACAACUUCGCGACGUUCAUGGUGAUCCCGGCCAUUACCGACGUUACAAUGACUGCGCUUUGUCCCGGAAGAGACGAGUGCUCUAUCGCUAUUUACCUCACCGGAUUUCAACAAGCGAUCGUAGGGCUGGGAACACUGGUGAUGAUGCCUUUGGUAGGGAAUCUCUCAGACAAAUGUGGGAGAAAAGCUCUGCUCACACUUCCAAUGAUUUUCACUAUAAUCCCCUUAGGAAUAUUAGCCUACAGCAGGACUAGGAAUUUCUUCUAUGCGUACUUUGUGGCCAAGACUCUCACCGCCAUGGUCUGCGAAGGCAGCGUUCACUGCCUCGCCCUUGCCUAUGUGGCGGAUAAUGUUCCAGAAGGACGGCGAGCCUCGACGUUUGGAAUUCUAUCAGGGAUUAGUUCAUCUGCCUUCGUCUGCGGAACCCUAUUUACUCGUUUUGUAUCCACUACCUCAAUGUUUCAGGUGGCGACAACGGUGGCGGUUGUAGCAGUAAUGUACAUGAGGAUUUUCCUACCGGAUUCGAUUAUAGACGAUAACAUUUCCGCUCCAUUGCUCUCAAAUGAAAACCCAAAAGUUUCGAAUUCGGAUGAAAAUUCAAAUGCGGAAUUGCAGUCCUCUACAGCUUUACCUUCAUUACCUGAUAUAAUCGCAUUGUUGAAAACUAGCCCUACAUUUUCCCAAGCUGCAAUUGUUGCGUUUUUCAGCCACCUGGCCGAUGUUGGCCUUCAUGCUUCACUAUUGUAUUAUUUAAAGGCCCGGUUUCACUUCAACAAGGAUCAGUUUGCUGACCUAAUGGUGAUUUCGGGGGUUGCAGGCACUAUUUCACAGUUGGUUCUCAUGCCCUUACUGGCUCCUGUUUUAGGAGAGGAGAGGUUACUUUCGAUAGGGCUUCUUUUUGGCUGUGCACAUAUGUUUUUUUAUGGCCUUGCGUGGUCCUUCUGGGUUCCGUAUGCUGCUGCUAUGUUCUCUAUCUUUUUUGUGUUUGCACAGCCAUGUAUGCGAAGCAUUGUAUCUAAACAAGUUGGGCCGUCUGAGCAGGGAAAGGCUCAAGGGUGCAUUUCAGGCAUAUGCUCCUUUGCAAAUGUUAUAUCUCCCUUUGCUUUCUCUCCUCUAACAGCUUUGUUCCUGUCUGAAAAGGCGCCAUUUAAUUUUCCUGGUUUUAGUAUCACAUGUGUUGGAUUUGCUGCGAUGAUAGCCUUUAUUCAAAGCGUGAUGAUAAAGGCUGCUCCUCCCAUAUCAAGUGAACGGGUCAGCAGCAAUUGCAAUUACAUGGAACCCUAGUUUUCAUAUUCCGAGCAGAAAUUUUUCUUUCUCCGGCACACCAAGAACUGUUGAGUUGUAAUGGUUAUCUUGUCUUAGCGUAUUGCUAUCUAUAAAUUAUAAAUAUCAACAAUUUUUGGUUGAUCUUUGGGAUUGGGAGGUGGCAUUGUGGAGAGUGGUUUUGUUUUCACCUUCACCAGAACAAGAUGCUGAUAACCCAAUCACAUAACUAUUUCAUGAGAAGUUUAGAAAAUGGUUUGUAUAAAUUGAUAACAUAAGAUCGAACAGAAUGUAUUAGUAUGUAUUUGUUGCUUGAUCUUUUGUUCUGUAUAUAAUGUAUCUUGAUAAUGCUAGUGAAUCUAGUCAAUCUACCA